UGCAUCUUUUUCAAAUUAUUUUUUUGAAAAAACUUGAAAAAUUUCAUCAUUUUAGAAGUUUUACGUAAUUUGAAAAUGUUUCGAAUGUAAAAAUCAACUAUUUAUCAUGUCAAUUGGUGCCAAAUUGUAUAAAAAUGCAACUGCGAUUGUUUCAAGUAGUGAUUUAUAUUGUUCUAUUCUGUUUUCUUUGCCCUUCGGUGAAUGGUUCUGAUCCAGACUCCGGCGGUUCAAAUGAUAUUUUCGAUUCUUUGAGGUAUUUCGCUUCUCAAUUCACCAGACUACUUGGCCAUUUCGGAGAAGUGCUCAGUGCAUCUGUAGAAGAAGACUGCGAGUUCAAAUGUCCCAAUGGGGUUAAACCGAGACCCAACAUUUAUCACGAUCCGAUUGGCAAUGGAUGUGGAGUCGCAGGUUUUCAGAUUCCUAGCUAUGUUCCUACGUAUAAAUUAGAGAAAUGUUGCGACGAUCAUGAUAUUUGUUACGGUACUUGUGGCAAAGAUAAGGAUAAAUGUGAUGAAAAGUUCAAGAAAUGCUUAUAUGGUAUUUGUUCAUCUGUGAAGCAAAUUAUGGAUAGUGAACCUCUGAAUAAAGGCUGCAAAAGCGUAGCGAAAGCUUUCUACAUGGCUGUAGUUGGUGCCGGUUGUAAAUAUUAUUUAGAUGCGCAGAAAGACGCCUGCGUAUGCCACGUAAAUUAUUACGAUGACGAAUUAUAGUGAUAUUAGUACUGUGAUUUUUGGUUCAAUAUAAGUUCUAUU